AUGCCAGCGACGUACAUGGGAUUCCCGCACGACCGGCGCUUCAUGCUCUACAACGUGGCGCAGGGCAAGAACAUGGCGGUCGCCUACUUCACCGAGAUGUGUCUGUUCACCACCGCUUUUGGGGGCGAAGGCGGCAGCGGGUCCGACCCCAAGGUCAUUGUGACCUAUACCAAAGACCACGUCUUUGAUCAUCCCGACCAGAAAGUCACCCCGGAGCCGCUCCAGGUGCCGCUCAGCCCUGACACGGCGGGUCUCGACGAGGUCGAAGUCACCAUGCAUUCCUCCCCGUGCAUCGGGUACGACAUGGGCGAGGAAUAUAAUCGCUGGUUCAGUGAGCGGUUCGGCUACGAGGUCAAGUUGUUGUACAUUGGCGCAAAUAAAAGGAAAGUGCUGGGCAACAUGCCCCCGAAUGUCGCCGCACAGCAGCGCAGCGGCGGUACUACUCGGGAGUCCAACGCCACAAAGUCGAAUGCAAAUUCGUGGUUGGGCAGUAUAACGUCCACGGCGACCUCGCUUGCACGGGCCAUCACUGGAGGAGCAGGAGGUGAAUCGGACAUGGACAAAGAGAACCUAUACGAGGGCAUAGACGAAGGCAUCUCCUUCGCCGACGUGGCCCCUUACCUGGUCAUAUCGACCAAGUCGUGGGAGAACGCCCAACGCCGCCUGCCGGACACCGAGGAAAUGGACAUCUCCAAGUUCCGGCCCAACAUCAUUGUCGAGGGCGCCGAGGAGGAGUUUGAGGAGGACUAUUGGGCCGAGAUCCUCAUCGGCGACGGGGACGAAAGCAACGGCGCCAAAAUCAUCCUGACCCAAAACUGCGCCCGCUGCAACUCGCUCAACGUCGACUACACCACGGGCAAGGUCGGCCAAGGGGAAUCCGGCAAGAUCCUCAAGAAGCUGCAGAGUGACCGGCGCGUGGACCCGGGUGCGAAAUGGAGCCCCGUGUUUGGGAGGUAUGGGUUUCUCGCAAGAGUCCCCGAAGGCAAGUCUGCAGCUGAAAUCAAGGUCGGCGACGAGGUGAGGAUUGUGCGGCGGAAUAGUGAGAGGACAAAGUUCGGUAAGUGGUUUUCUUUCUUCUUCUCUAAUUUGGUCAAUCCAUCCAUUUUGAUGUUCGUCUAUGAAGUUGGAAUCGAAUCCCAUGCUGAUGAGAUAUCGUGUUCUGGAACAGAGUGGCCCAAUCUGAGCACCAACUGA